AUGGCGAUUUGUCGUGCAAAAGGUUAUCCUAACCUAUUUAUAACAUUCACAUGUAACCCCAAGUGGCCAGAGAUCCAAAGGUACAUGCUAAGAUUAAACCUCAAACCAGAAGAUAGACCUGACAUCCUGUGCAGGGUCUUCAAGUUAAAGCUCGAUGAAUUGGUGAAGGAAAUUCGUGCUGGAAAGCUUUUUGGAAAAGUUGUUGCAGUUGUAUACACCAUAGAAUUUCAAAAGAGAGGGCUACCACACGCUCACAUUCUUAUUUUUCUUGAAAGACGUCCUCAAGGCUUUACAGCAGAUAUGAUUGACGAUUUUAUUUCAGCCGAGAUACCGGACCCAAUAAUGGACAAUGCAUAUUUUAAUGCGGUUGAGGAGUUUAUGAUUCACGGGCCAUGUGGUAGAGCAAGGCCUAAAUCUCCUUGCAUGGCAAACAACAAGUGUUCUAAACACUUUCCUAAGAAAUAUGCAGAUGUUUCAACGUUAGAUGAUGAUGGAUAUCCAAUCUACAGGCGUCGUUCAAAUGGUCGAGUAGUGGAUAAGAAUGGUAUAAAGUUAGAUUGUAGAUAUGUGGUCCCACAUAAUAGAUACCUUCUUCUCAAAUACAAAGCCCACAUUAACGUGGAAUGGUGUAACCAAUCUAGAUCGAUCAAGUAUCUGUUCAAGUACGUUAACAAAGGCAAUGACAGGGUAACCGCAGAAUUCUACAAGAGCACCGCAGAUGACAAACCGAGUGAGCAUGUUGACGAAAUUACUAUGUUCUAUGAUUGUAGAUACGUGUCUGCUUGCGAAGCUGCAUGGAGAUUGUUGAGCUUUGAGGUCCAGUACCGGCACCCACCUGUGGAGAGGUUGAGCUUCCACUUGCCUGAUUGUCAAUCGGUGGUAUUCCAAGACGAUGACAGGAUUGAGAAUGUCUUAAGUAGACCAACUGUGUACCAGAGUAUGUUCACCGCCUGGUUUGAUGCGAACAAGAAAUUUCAAUCGGCAAGGGAGUUAGCUUAUAUUGACAUGCCAACAAAAUUUGUAUGGAAGAAGGAUAUUAGAGAAUGGCAUCCAAGGAAGAGGGGUUUCUCUAUUGGAAGAAUAUUUUACGUACCGCCAGGCAGUGGAGAGAUUUAUUAUUUGAGAUGUCUGUUAAAUGUAGUUCGUGGUCCAACUAAUUUUGAUGACAUCAAGUCCUAUCAAGGUGUAGUAUAUCCAUCAUUUAUGGAUGCAUGCUAUGCAAGAGGCCUUCUAGACGAUGACAGAGAAUACAUAGAUGCAAUCAAGGAAGCAAGUCUUUGGUCUACUGCUACAGCAAUGAGAAAAUUGUUUGUAGUCAUGUUAACAUCGAACUUGGUUGUCAGGCCCGAAAACGUAUGGUCGCAAGUAUGGCAUCACUUGGCAGAGGACGUACUAUUUAAUCGGCGGAGGUUGUUCUCCAAUGAUAAUCUAAAUUUGUCUGAUGAUGAGAAGAAGAAUCUAGCAUUAAUUGAGAUUGAGCGAUUGUUACAAAAGUACAACAAGUCCUUGAAAGAUUACCCUCAUAUGCCAAUUCCAAUUCUUGAAGAAUCUUGGAACCACAACAAUCGUUUGUUGUGUGAUAAGCUAGGAUACGAUCGGGAUGCUCUACUUAUCGAGAGCCGCAAGUUAGAAAGCCAAUUAACUGAUGAGCAAUCUUUGGCGUCAGAAGGAAAAGUGGUCCUUAAUGUUGCAUCUAGCGGUAUUGCUUCGCUCCUAUUGCCAGGCGGUCGGACAGCUCACUCAAGGUUUGCUAUACCUAUUGCCGUAACAGAAGACUCUACAUGCAACAUAUCUCCAGGUAGCCAUCUUGCACAACUCUUGAUAACUGCAAAGCUUAUAAUAUGGGAUGAAGCUCCAAUGAUGCACAAACAUUGCUUCGAAUGUCUGGAUAGAACUCUGAGAGAUAUUAUGAGGGUACAAGAUUGCAACAGUGGUAGUAAGACAUUUGGUGGUAAAACGAUGGUUUUAGGAGGUGAUUUUAGGCAAAUACUACCCGUUGUUCCUAAAGGAUCAAGGCAAGAUAUUGUUUCUGCAACAAUUAACUCUUCGUAUUUGUGGGCAUCAUGUCAAGUAUUGAGGUUAACAAAGAAUCUUCGCCUAAAUAAAGAUCAACGAGGUGAUAAUAUUGAGGAUAUUAAACAGUUUUCCCAGUGGUUGGCACAAAUCGGCGAUGGUAUAUUGGGAGGCCCCAAUGACGGUUGUGCCAAGGUAAAAAUUCCUCAAGAAAUGUUGUUGCCAUCGACGGGGGACAACAUAGCAACUAUUGUGGAUAAUAUUUUUCCAAUGUUCAAAGAAGGGGGUUGUCACCAGGAGUACAUGGAGAGUCGUGCAAUAUUAGCGCCAACGUUAGACAUUGUGAAUUCAGUGAAUGAAUAUAUGACAAAUCUACAUGUUGCUGAAAGCCGUACAUACUUAAGUUGCGACACGGUGUGUAAGGCUGAUUCAAAUCAUGGCAUCCUAUCAGACAUGCACACUCCAGAAUUCCUUAAUGGGUUAAAAGCAUCUGGCAUUCCUAAUCAUGCUUUAACUCUGAAAGUGGGAUCUCCAGUAAUGUUGUUGAGAAAUAUUGAUCACGCAAUGGGACUUUGCAUUGGCACAAGGCUUAUUAUAACUAGAUUAUCAGAGCAUGUGGUCGAGGCCAAAAUUGUCGCUGGUCAUAAUGCUGGCCAGAUUGUUUUGAUACCAAGGAUGUCAAUGACCCCAACAAAUACAAGGCUUCCAUUCAAUUUUCAGAGAAGACAAUUUCCGUUAGUGUUGGCAUAUGCCAUGACCAUUAACAAGAGCCAGGGUCAAACAUUAAAGCAUGUUGGGUUACUCUUAAAGAAACCUGUUUUUGUUCAUGGGCAAUUAUAUGUAGCUGCUUCACGUGUUAGUCACCCAAAAGGGUUUAGAAUCUUAAUAUCAAAUGAUGAUGCAGAGAGUAACAAUUGUACUACGAAUGUUGUGUACCAUGAGGUCUUCAAUAAUUUGUAA